UAAAAAUACACGAUGGCGUCGUUCAACUGGGCCGACCCUCGGCGCAACUCGUCGGUGUCGACGAAGAUGAUGGAGAAGGCCGAGGCGGCUCGUAAGCAACGGCUCACAAAGGUCAAGCCAAGCGUGUCAACCCACUUGAACCCAGCAGUGGAGAAAAAGCUCCCCAAAAAACAGCACGAGAAACAGCCAACACCCACAGAAAUGUACAUGGAGUCGCUGGAAUCGGCGACGAUCAACGACAGCUUUUACAAUUCGUUGUUGAAAUUUCACUCGAAUCAAGAGUCGCCGUUGUCACCACCACGCGCCAGUGCGUCAUCUCCACUUGUUGUAAGUCCGUUUUCGGUGCACAAUGUCGUGGCAACCGACAGCUUUUUCCACCCCGAGUCCGAAAUCGAAGCCUUCCAGGGGCUCAGGAAGGGCGAGAUGAGCCCGCCGCCGCCACAUGCUCAACCACGGUCGUCGUCGAUCAAGCCAUCGAAACGAGGUGACAAAAAGGACGUCAGGCCUCUCCCCAGUCGAAGCUCGAUGUCCCGUGCCGACAAGCUCCCCGCCCUCAAGUCGACCGUGACCAAACGCGACGUCCACAUGACGUCCACGCGCAGCAACCCGGACCUAGCACUGUACGCGGACCCUCGGCGUCGAGACGAUCUGCUGGACCUCUUCGACUCGGACGACGCCGUUCAGACGACUAUUCAUCGCUCGGAGUCGGCCCCAUCGGCAUCAUCCACCAUCACCCACUCACCCGACCGUGACUCGCCUGCCACAACCCCCAACUUGACGCCCAACGGACACGCGACCAACCAUGGCGACGGCGCUGUGGUGCCGCGACUGAAUUUCAAUCCGUUCACAUCACGUGAAUCCAAAACGACAAUAAUGCACCACGAAAGCAAGAAAGCAUCGGCCGAUCACGGCAAAGCAGCCGACCAAAAACGAACCCACAAAGCCAACCCAAAGGCUGGGAAGAAGGAUAGCGGGAGAAUCCACACAGCGACUGGAACGUCGCUGGCCGACCUACGAGACGAACACAAAGCCGCCUUGGAAUUGCUACAAGAACUCGGCGGUGCAUACCCCGACGAUGCGAAGCCAUCGAGCUCUCGCUUCGGGUCCAAGUUACGGUCCACCGUGCUAGGCGGCCGCGACAACAACGACCACACAACUACAGCAUACGUGGAUGCUGCGUUGAAAGCUGCCGACGUAGCGCUAAAUAACCGAGUGGUGGAGAUUGAUGAUGAGGUUCCCGAAGCAGAGUCGCCUGGAAAAGAAGUUUCCACGGCAGAUUCAAAUUCUGCUCGAACGUCGCGCCGGUCCGAGCCGUCGUACGAUAGCGAGGACUUUGAGACUGAUUGAUAGCAACACAACAAAUUGAAACAAUCUCCAUGCUUCCAAA